GGUGGUGACACCCACAUCUAAAGGUCACAGAAUUCUGGGGAAGGAGGGUGUUCCAUCUUUUGAUAGACUUGAGGAACCUUAAGCCUUAAACUUUGUUAGUGAGAAGCUCUGGGUGGGGCAGGAGAUAGGGAGCCAGCAGUCUCUUGGGGCAGAUCAGUCAAUAUGCACCUGAUGACCCAGCCCACCAAAGCUAGUUAAAGUUAAAGUCAGCAGGAAUGAGAACAAUUUUGGGACGGCUAUGAGCCAGGUUGGAGUUGGAGGUGCGUGCAAGGCACCCUUGUUUUACCCUAAGAGGGAGUUCUUCAGGCCUUUCAGGUGAUUGACAUUUUCAAGCCUGUUAGCCACAGCAGUGACAGAAGGUGAAGUUACUGGGAAACACAUUGCAGCCCCAUGAAUGGGUAGCUCACUGUGCAAUGCCACUCCCCCGCCUCCAGUCCAAAGGUGAAGGCAUUGCCCUUCUUUCAGUGCCCAGCAACUCCCUUCACGGCUCUUCCUUUCUGAGGCCUUCAGGUUCUAGCCAAGGAAAAGCCUGAUCAGGCUAGGGAACUUUCAGUACCAAACCGGUUUUCCCACCUUGACUAGGGCUGGCAUAUUACCUCUGGUAAAUUCCCAAUCCCAACAUAGCCCAUAGUUCUCCCUACCCUGGAAUGUAAAGGGGUGGGAAUAUCCAAGUCACCCUUUGUGCCUUGUUUGCCUUAGAUUCCGGCCAGAAAGUCUGUCCAGGAAAGGUUGCGUCUUUUGUAUUUCUGACACUAGGGCAUUAUCUCCCUUGAAAAUUAGUUUCCUUUUUUAAUGCAAAUUUUGUUUUUAUUUGUAUUAAGGUAGGGAGGGAGGAACCAGGACCUAUAGCAGUCUAGGCAAGCGUGUCACCACUGAGCCAUGCUUCCCCUCGAAAAUUUUGACACAAAGUCAAGCAAAGGAGUUGAGAUUCCAUAUGACAGACAUCACCCCUUCCUCUAGUUGGCAACCUGGAGGAGAGGACCAGAAAGUCUUGUCUACCCAGUGGGUUUGCUCUGGAGUUAAGUAGGGGGGAGCAGUGGCCUUUUCUCUAGAUGCCCCUGGCUAAUCCAGGACCUUUAUCCCAACUUCCAAGUCAAAUAAGAAUCUCUUUUACUGGACUCUAUGAUUUAACACGAGCUGCUGCUAAUACAGCUCUUUUUUUUGUUUUGUUUUGUUUUGUUUUGUGCUAGGUGUCAAACACUCAGGUGCCCUUUUGAAGUAACAAAAGCCAUGACAAACAGAGGAAGAGAGGUUCAGUAAUGGGCCCAGGGCCACAUCUGUUAACCUGUUGAAACCAAACUUUCUCCUCAGGCAGGCUCUAGAAGUAUCUCUUCAGUACUUUGUAUUCUUUCCCUAAGGAGGGACCCUUACCUAACCCUCCUGGUUGCAGAAAUCAAUUUCCAGUUCAGACUAGCCUUUAGAGAGAGACAAGGGGUGUGGCAGUGUCUGUAGAAGCUCUUGCUUUCAGUGUACAGCUGACUUGUAGUCACCCCAAACCCAUACAAAUUCAAGAUACUUACACUUUUUUUUCUCCUAUUUUGUAUAUUACUUUCCAAGUACACCUUUGGGACAAGUAGAUGAAAACUGUUUCCAUUUUACAAAGGAAAUAGGGUUAAGAAAAUAGCCUUGAUCUGCUCUCCUUGGGAGUCUGGGUUACAUAUUAAAAGCUCCAGUAGAACAGUGUUGGGAUGAGGAAAUGCCAAUGACCCUCGGCCUACAGAGGUUCGUGGAAGGGAGCUGUUGAGGAAACACACAGCUUAUCAGGGGCAGGAGAGAUGGUUUAGUGGUUAAGAGUACUGCCUGGGACCCAAGAGGAUCCAGGUUUGGUUCCUAGCACCCACAUAGUGGCUCACAACCAUCUGUAAAACGAGUUCCAGGGGGUCCAACACCUGUCCUUUGCAUGCACCAGGCACAUAUAUAAAUACAGGUAAAACACCCAUACACAUAAAAAAUAAUAAUUUCCAAAUAAACAACUUAUCACACAAGCUCGACGUGUAUCAGCUUAGCAGAGCUCAGCACUGCCCACCCCCCACCUCCCACCUCCAUGGUGACUUUUGUGAUGUGGCUGGCCAUGCUUCCUUUAGAGAUGAUAAAUGACACAGAAAGGGAAUGGGCUUUGGGGACAUAGUAGAUUUUCGCAAAGCCCAGAAUGGGUCAGUGAUUGUUCAGCAGGUGGUGUGAGCAGAUAGGUGAUGCCUUCCUGGAGAGAAAGGAAAAUAUAAGUACAGCUGACGGCCCUUUCAAAGCUUGGGCCCAGGAAAAGGUAACAUGGGAAAAACUACAACUCCCAGAAGUCUCUGUUUCCAGGGAAGUAGCGACAGUUGCUAUGGUUUCGGAAAACAAUAUGGCUGCUGCCAGAUGGGAUUUGAGUCUGUGCGGAAUAGGGACCCAAACGUAUAUCUGAGCGUUCGCAGUUGCGAGAGGAGGAAUUUGAAGGGUCCUGGGGCUGGCGCUGGGCUCUGUCGGGAACGUUGAGGCCUUGUUCUGGAUCCAAUGGAAAGCAGCGUGGAUGAGGAGGCUCUGCACCAGCUGUACCUCUGGGUAGACAACAUCCCUCUGUCCCGACCCAAGAGAAACCUCUCCCGGGACUUCAGUGACGGAGUCCUGGUUGCAGAGCUUAUCAAGUUUUACUUCCCCAAGAUGGUGGAGAUGCACAAUUAUGUCCCUGCCAACUCUCUCCAGCAGAAGCUCAGCAACUGGGGUCACCUGAACAGAAAGGUGCUGAACAAGCUGAACUUCUCCGUCCCCGAUGAUGUGAUGCGGAAGAUUGCGCAGUGUUCUCCGGGGGUAGUGGAGCUAGUGCUCAUUCCACUGAGGCAGCGCCUGGAGGAGCGGCAGAGGCGCCAGAAGCUGGGGGUUGGCUCCUUACAGGAGCUGGCUCCUCAGGAUAGCAGUGGCUACAUGGAUAUGGGUUUGUCUCAGAAGGUUCGAGGAGACGGUGCCCCAGCCUUGGGAGAGCAGCUCAGAGAGGGCCGUCCGCUGGCUUCCCGACCCCCUGGGUAUAACCAGGCGCUGCAGGGAGAUCCGAGCUUCGUCCUCCAGAUCGCUGAAAAGGAGCAGGAGCUGUUGGCCUCUCAAGAGACAGUACAGGUCCUUCAGAUGAAGGUGAAGCGUCUGGAACACCUGCUCCAACUUAAGAACGUGCGCAUCGAUGACCUAUCUCGGCGGCUCCAGCAGGCCGAGCGCAAGCAGCGGUGAGCGGUGCCAGGGCUGCGCGGGGCUUUCCAGUACCCGCCAGAGCCCAGACGCCGCGACACCCACUCUUCUGCCGACGCAGGGUUGGGAGGGCGGAGCGAGCUGCUCACUAGCGCCUCCUGCAGCUACGGCGCUCAGCUGCGGAGGGUUCGGGCGAAAGUGGGGGUGCUCCAAGCUGAGGCCGGAGACUGAUCCUCCUCUUUACACUCCAUCUGGGCCAGGAAAAACGACCACUUUCCACAGCCCAGAAAACCUGUAGGAACACACCGCAUGACCUCCCAAAUCGUGUCCACUUUGAAGCUCCCGGCGCUGGGCCUGGAGAGGCGGUCCUCUGGCUCGUUACACUCCCCUAGAACGGGUUCCUUUCUCAGCAUAGAAGAUAGCUUCCUUUCUAUCCAUGCUAAAUCUCCAUGGCCCUCGACACGCGAGAACUCAUCACCGGAAGCUGUGGAAUUCUCUUGCCCCUCCUGGAUGCUGACCUGGGACCCGUCUCAGGGCUGGAAAUCACAGCAGUUGGAGAGGAAGGGAUAAGGUGUGGAAGUAGCCGGGAGUGAGGGAGUGUACAGUCUCUCCUCUCACGGAGCACGCUAAGGAGUGCCUGGGAAGAUAGGGCAGAGUUGUCUCCAUUAAAGGUGCUGUUGUGCGUUCUUAACUGUGCCUGCCUUCUCUUUCUGCCUGUAUGGAUCCCCAAAGGCAGUGAGUUCCUGACUUGUCCUUUAUCCCUUUCGCCUAGCUGUCCUCUUACAGACCCUGUGGACCCAGGAUGGUGAAGUGUGACAGCCUGCUUCUAGCAUUGUGUGACGCCCCCCGCCCCGUUCCCCUCCAGUGUCCUCUAAUCUUGUUCAAACCCAAGCUGCGAUUUUCACCAAUUGUGGCCACUCGUGUUCUCAACCUUGCCCAUGGACUCUCUUAAAUUAGCUUUCUGUAUGACUGACUCUCAACCCUGUCCACACACUGGUCUCAGUUUAUAGAUGGUUGGCUACAUGUCACUUGAAACCCUAACCAAGACACCUGACCAUGCUAUGACCCUCACUGUAAUGAUUUGCUGACUGACAAUAAUGCUGAACAUUUGUAAAUCCCCAGGCCUGGCAAUUCCAUUCAUAGGCAUAUCGUGUGGGAGAAACUCUUGUGCCCUGAGUUCUGGGUGGCACACUGCAAUAAUCAUAUAGAAUCAUCGAAGCAAUGGGCUGGAGAGAUGGCUUAGCUGUUAAGAGCAUUUGCUGUUCUUACAGAGGAGCUAGGUUCUAUGCCCAGCACCCACAUGGCAACUCACAACUGUUGAUCACCCCAAUUCCAGGGGCUCCAACACUCUCCUCUACCUCCAUGGACUCCAGGACUCCAUAUGGCACACAGAGAUAUAUGAGCUUAAGAAAACUCUAAAAACUUAAAAAAAAAAAAAAAAA